GGUAGGUAUAAUAACUUAUCCUUGGAGGCAUGCAUACUGUAUGGCAUGUUCCCCACCGCCAAGCUGCAAGCCUUACCUUACCAAAGGUAGAUUUACAAGUACCUUACUGUAGGUAAUAUUGUCACUCUCCCAGAAUCAUACCUACGAAGGUACCUAGGUACUUCCUCUUCUUCCUCCCCCCGCGGUCGAUAAGGCUGACUCGGCUGAUAAGCGGCCCCUCCCCAGCCCACCGAGCCACCCCAGCGAGCCCAGCAGGGACCGGCCGCUUAUGCCUUCGCCUUCGCCUUCGCCUCCCGUCUCGCUUUGUCCCCCAAUUGAGGUAUUGACGUCGAUUGACUUGACUUUCGAGGCGAACCAGACGGGACGAAAGCCAGUCAGUCCAUCCAUCCAGGCCAGGCCCAGCUCAGUCCACUCUACAUCUUUUGUUAACAAACAUCGAAUCCGACACGCUCUCUUGUCAACACUCCCACGUUCGCCUCUCCUCAGAAUGUCGACAAUCAGUGGCAGGCGAAUUCGCGGUGGAGGAGAACCCCUCAUUUUGACGAGCCUCCCGGACGAAGUCCUCCAACAUAUUCUAUACUUUUGCCCCCCAAACGACGUCUUGCAUGUCCAGAGUCUUUCGAAGCGCUUCAACAGACUCGGUAAUGAACCAUUGCUUUGGAGGUAUCACUGCAGGACAGGUUUCAAGUACUGGGAUGCGAAGCAUCGGAUUCAAAAGAAGUUCUCGCAGAGGGUUGGAGAUGUGGACUGGAAGCAUUUAUACAUACACCGGAGGAAGGUUGACAUUGCGACAAGUGGCCUUUUGAAUAACAUUCUAGAACGCCAAACAAACCGCAUAUCCAAGUUCAUAGCUAUAUCCGAGUUUGGCUAUGAUGCGAAAGACACCUUGCUACGACAUUGCCGUACCGAUGACUCCGCUGAAGAUGUCCUCGCCAGACGAUACUACGCUAACUCUGUCCUUGACCAUGUCCACAGAGCCAAUGCAUUGGCAGAAUGGGAGAGGGUCGUUAACGGGGAAAAGGUACCGCUAGAACGAGCACUGGGAUCAUUCGACUUGUUUGUACUACAUGAUCAACAUGGCGAUCUUCUUGAGAUCUGCGACAUAUUGGACAAUCUUGCAACACAAUUCCGCGCUGAAUAUCCCAGCUUCCUUCAAUUCUCUCAGCGAAGGACGGCCACUGCUGCGGUUGCAUUCCUCCGACGUCGUAAUCUCACCGGCCUCUCCUCCGACAUAGCAUACAGAGAUCUACAGAAUAACUACAUCGGGAUAGCUCUGCAAGACGAGGACCACCCAUCCUUGCCCCUGAUAUCUGUCGCCAUAUUUUGUUCAUUGGCCCAAAGAUUGGGUCUCGAUGCCAGAUGUUGUGGAAUACCAAGCCACGCACACGCGAUGGUCAUACCUCCACAAGGUGAGACACUUGAUGGUAGAGAUUUGGCAUCAGAAGCCACACCUGCAGAUCCAAUGUUUCUCGACCCAUAUCGAUCGGACGAAGAGGUCCCCCUUGCUAGCCUGCGCGUAAUGCUAUCCGAGUGGGGAAUCCCGCAGCAGCAGGUCUCUGGGGUACUGACAGAUUCUACGACUGCUGAUGUCGUACUUCGUACCUCGAGAAAUAUUCUAGCAACUGUGCAGGAAUUUAGAGCACAUGCUACGAGUACGGAGAAUACAGGACAUCCAACAAUUAGACUUCACGCCAAUCCUUUUGCUGAUCUGGACAACGCCUUCUACUCGGCACUCUGGGCACAUUUUAUGUUUGGUAACCCUACACGACGACCAGGAAGCACUGCUCAGAGUCAAUUUAUACCUUUAAUCUUAGAGAGAUUUGAAAGGCUAUAUCCCAUGGAUGCUUCUCUGAUAGAAAAGCACGUAAUGCCACUUUACGGCAACCAAUUUGGUGGCGAGCCUGGAGAGCUCCAUGAAGCAGUACGUGUCGUUCGAGCGGCAGACCAGACCCCCAAGCAGCUCCGUCGACGCAGCACGCCAGCCUCAAAAGACGGCGUGAAAUACAAUAUCGGCCAGGUUUUCCGCCACCGACGCUACGCAUAUACCGCGGUCAUCACGGGGUGGGACAUCGAAUGUGGCAUGGAUUCCAAUUGGAUAGCCCAUAACAACGUUGAUUCUUUAUCCCGAGGAAGAAAUCAGAGUUUCUACCACGCUUUCGUCGAAGAUACCAGUAUCCGCUAUGUGGCGGAAGAGAACAUUGAGAUCAUCAAGCCGGAAUUGCCGAUUUCGCUGAUGAGCCUUGCAGGGAGGUAUUUCAAACGUUGGGAUAAGGAGAAACGCGUGUUCAUUUCGAAUGUAAGGGACGAAUAUCCUGAUGAUUAAACAUCCAUACCCGUCGUCAUGACUAGAUAUAACUUAGGUACUGGAUACAAUGUGAUACCUGUGUCUUACAACAAUAAACAAUCUCAGUGAUG